UAAACUGCCUUUCAGUCAUUUCCUUGCCUUAUUUUUGACUGCUCACAAUCUUGCCUGUGGUUCCUAUUCCCGAUUUACACCGCCCUUAAGCCUAAUUUUAAACAUUAACGGUUCUUUAUUAACUCCCUCAUCUUCCUUCUCACUCUAUUUUUCUCAUCUGCAUUUUCAUCCCCAUCUUAACUGUUGCUUCAAUUUCAUUAAAAAAUUAUUUUAUUUUGUUUUCUUUCAUCUCAUACUUUUCAAUAUUCAGCUCAUCGUUUUUGGUUAAUCAGAGGAUUUAAAAUUAAUAGUUGAACAUGGAUGAUAAAGCUAAACGACGAGCUGAGGUUCGAGCUCGACUUGAACAAGCUGCUGCUGCCAAAAAGAAGCGUGGUUUCAUGACACCCGCUCGCAAGAAGAAGCUCAGGAAUUUAUUGAGAAAAAAAGCUGCUGAAGAGUUGAAACGAGAACAAGAAAGACGAGCUGAAGAGCGACGUAAGAUUAUCCGACAACGAACCGGUGAACCUAAAGGAUUAGAUGGAAUUAAUGAAGCUCAACUUCAUGCCAUCGUUAAAGAGUAUUAUGAACGAAUUAAGAGGCUCGAGAGUCAAAAAUGGGAUUUGGAAUACGAAGUUAAUAAGAAAGAUUUCGAGGUUCGUGAACUUGCAGCAAAGGUUAAUGACGUUCGCGGACGUUUCAUAAAACCUCCAUUGAAAAAAGUGUCCAAAACUGCUCAACAAAUGGAAAAGAUUCGAAUGUUUACCGCUCGAGUUUCUCAAAUGGACUAUCGCUCUGGUCUGAAACAGGUUAACAAAUACACAUUAGGUGAUAAGGAAAAGGCAGAGGAAAAACCUGAAUGGGCCCAGAAUCAGAAGGAGAAAUCUGUUGCGUCUGAAAAGUCAGAAGGAUAAAUCGUUAAUCAAAUCAUCCUCAUAAUGUGUAUGUUAAUCAACCAUGUAGUUCUGAUAAGUUAUUGUAAUUUCAAAUUAUUGCUCAAAAACAGACUUCAUUGAAAACAAAUGCUAAUAAACACAACAAAACGUCAAAAAAUGGAUAAAUUAAUAAUAUUGUCAGUAAUUUAAUUACAUUGUAUUGAAUGAAAAUAAAUGGCCAAAGUCAUUAUUAUAUGA